GCCUCUCGUUACAUUCGAAGACAUUCUUUUCGCUAAAUCUUCUCUUCUUUUUUUUAUACUGUCCUUACUUGGCGAUCUGGCAAUCGUAAAUAUGGUCAGCUUCAAGUAUCUCGGUGCUCUUGCGAGUGCUGCCCCGGCUCUGGCAGCCUUUGGCGUCACCACCAGUGGUAACAAUCUCGUUGUUGACUCUGGCAACUCCAACGGUUUCUCCGUCACCGUCAGCAAGAGUGACUGCUCCAUUAAUUCGAUCAAGUACCGCGGAGCUGAGUACCAGUAUAAGUCUCAGACUUCUCACAUUGCGUCUGGUCUGGGAUCGUCCACUGUCCAGUCCACUGUUCUCAACAACAAAUAUAUUAAGAUCACAUGUACCACUAAGUCCGGAGACUUUGAUCUAACUCACUACUAUGUCGUCCAGAAUGGCCAGAGCGUGGUCUACAUGGCCACUGACACAAAGUCACAACCUGCUAUUGGCGAGCUUCGCUACAUUACUCGCCUCGAUCGCUCUCAACUGCCCAACGAGAUACCUUUUGGCGAGGCCUCCAAUACCUCAGGCGGUUCUGCGGUUGAGGGCUCUGAUGUCUUCAAUGUCAACGGCGAGACUCGUUCCAAGUUCUACUCGUCCCAGCGCUUCAUCGACAACGAUGUCUGGUGCUUCCAGAGUAGCGCCAAGGAUGUGCACGCAUGCAUGGUCACUCACGCCUCGCGCUCCUACGAGAAAAGCUCAGGCGGUCCCUUCUUCCGUGACAUUAACAGCAACAACAACGGUGACUUCAGUGCCCUUACCUUCUAUAUGAACUCCGGUCAUGCCAAGACUGAGGAGUUCCGCCAGGGCUUCCACGGCCCUUACGCUUUGUCCUUCUCACGAUCUGGUGUUCCAAAGGCUCAGGAUAUUGACAUGUCCUUCUUCAAGGAUCUUUCUAUUCCUAACUAUACCGCCGACUCCUCCCGCGGCCGAGUGAGUGGCACCGCCACUGGUGUUCAGUCUGGCUUCCAGGGUGUUGUGCAUUGGUUCAACAAAGACUUCCAGUACUGGGCUUACACCUCUUCCAACGGCGCUUUCACCUCUCCAUUCAUGGUACCGGGAACUUACACUCAAGUUCUCUACCAGGGUGAGCUCAAGGUUGCCUCUAAGAGCGUGAGCGUCUCUGCUGGCAGUACUGCUUCUUCUUCUAUCGCCGCCAACUCCGACAUUACCACAGGAGAGCACACCUCUGUCUUUCGUAUUGGCGAUUGGGAUGGCCAACCCAAGGGUUUCCGCAACGCUGCCAACCAGCUACGCAUGCAUCCUAGUGACAAGCGCAUGGCCAGCUGGGGUCCUCUCACCUACACUGUAGGCUCCAGCUCUGUUGGUGACUUUCCCAUGGCUAUCUUCAAGGCUGUCAACAACCCAGUUACUAUCAAGUUUAACCUCCCCUCUGCCAUCUCUACUGAGGCCACUCUCCGUAUCGGUACCACUCUUGCAUUUGCAAGUGGUCGCCCUCAAGUCACCAUCGGUAGCUUCAAGAAGGCCUUCGAUGCUCCCGUCAAGAUCGACUCUCGGGGUGUUACGCGGGGAGCUUACCGUGGAUUCGGUGAGGUAUACGAUGCUGUUAUUCCUGCAGGCACCCUCAAGGCUGGCACCAAUACCAUUACUAUCGAGGUCAUCUCUGGUAGCUCUGGUGCUGACUUCCUGAGCCCCAACUUCAUCUUUGACGCCGUCGAGUUGUUUCACUAA